GGGUUUAUAUGGUUCACCUCCCAUAAUAAGCACACCUGAUGAACGGUUUCCGCUUCUCUCCCAUGUUUUACAGGAAUGGCGAGCUCUGGUUCAACUACAGAAGACUUCAUGUCAUAUGCAGGCCUAACUAACGACUAUGGGUUAUAUAACUACACUGAUUUAGAAAUUGAAGUUGGUCUCACCGAUGGCAACUUCACUGACGUUGUAGAGCUUUGUGAAGCCAGCACAGAGCAGGAGCUGACCAUCACUGCUGUCCAGACCACCAUCUUCCUCAUCGUCUUCAUCUUAGGUGUAAUUGGAAACGGGCUGGUCAUUGCAACCUUCGCGCUGUACCGCCGGCUACGUCUGCGCUGCAUGACCGAUGUCUUCCUCUUCUUCCUGGCUCUGUCUGACACGCUGCUUCUGCUGACUCUUCCGUUACAGACGGGAGAGACGCUGAUCGGCAGCUGGGAGUUCGGAGAGGCCAUGUGCAAGCUAAACCGUGGCAUGUAUGCCAUCAACACCAACAGCGGUCUGCUAUUGUUGGCGUGCAUUAGCGUCGAUCGCUAUUUAGUGGUGGUUCGCACCAGGGCCGUGCAUAAGAUGAGUUCUGGCACGCUGUUUUACAGCACACUGUCUGCGUUAGGCGUCACAGUAACCUCAGUCUUCCUGAGCCUGCCAGACCUGCGCUUCAGCUCCAUAGAAAAGAACAUGGGUUCAAACAUGUGCGUAAUGAAGGUUUGGGGCGAUGAAGUGAGUAAAUGGAAGCUGUGGGCCCAGAUGGCGAAGAUUGCAGGAUUCUGCAUCCCUUGCGUGGCGAUGGUGGCGUGCUACGGUGCGAUCGGACGCGUGCUGAUCCGUGCCGGUGGGAAAGGCUGGCGUAGGCAGAGGACCCUGCGUUUGAUGGCAUUGCUGGUGGUUCUUUUCCUGGUUUUCCAGCUACCGUACACUGUGGUGCUGCUGAUUAAAAUAUUCACACCCACACCGAAACUCUGCGACGAGUCGACCAGGUUCCACCUCCAGGAAAUCGUGACACGCAAUCUGGCCUACGUGAGGUGCUGCCUGAACCCUUUGCUUUAUGCGCUGGUUGGCGUCCGAUUCCGAAACGACAUCAUCAGGCUUUUGACGGAUACCGGGUGUGUGUGCGCGUGUGUGUCCCAUAUAACACCUCAUCAUGACAACGGAAGCUCUAUUACGCCGUCCUCUCCGGCUCCAACCUUGCUUUCACCCGUCUCCUUUACUUACCCAUCCGUGAAGAAAACCCCUGCCCUGGACACACCUGCUGCAAACACAGCCCAAACAUUCAUUUUCCCCACAACUAUAUCUGAAAAAGGGACUUCGGUCAUGAGCUGGUGUCAUCAAUGACUUAGAUAUCAGACAAUCUGAAAUAAAUCAUUUCUCAGUUUAAGAUCAUAAUUA